UUAGUCCUUCCCAGAUCCUUGAGCUUCACCUGCCCAUCAUCUUCCUGCCUGCAGAGACUCUCCACCCUUUUUCUCCACCUGACCUUCAUCUCAUUGUUAGUUUGGAUGCAAUAGGUGUCUGAGCAGUGCAGCAAGGAGCCGGGCUAAUAGUGGGAUACUUAUUAUAGCCCUAGCAACAGGAAGAGGAUUGGUGGCUGCGGAGAGUGAGCCUGUCUGUGAUUGGCUGGCGAGGAGGACCUUUCAAAGCACAGAAUUUCAUCUCAUGAAAGGUUCAGUGCAGCAAGCUGCAGCAAGAGGCUGCAGUCUGAGGGCGGGCGAUCCAGCAGCUUGCCACUUCAGCUUAUCAAUCAGUGUGACUCCCAGUUUGAAACACACAGAUGAAAUUAGGAUUGCUACUCCAGACGACCUUAGAGAAUGGGAGCUUGAGACUGCAAGCCAGGUGUCCAUACCCACCAUCCGCGUCUUUGUGGCUCUUUACCCGUACAACCCUGCUGCAAUGUCCCCGAACUACGAGACGGCUGCAGAGGAGCUGCCUUUUGUGCCAGGCCAGAUAAUCAAGGUGUUUGGAGACAAAGAUUGUGACGGUUUCUAUCAUGGGGAGUCCGGUGGUCUCUCGGGUUAUGUGCCAAGUAACAUGGUGGCUGAAAUCCCCGUGGAUGAUGAGUACCUGAAGCAACUACUGAUGCAGCAGGGAUUCAUCCCUGUGGAUCGCUCAGGUAUGUCUUUAACACCAGAACUGAUGGAUGAAGCCAGUAUCUCUGAUGACAUCGUCGUUCGACGAAUGGUGGCCUUAUUUGACUACGACCCGUGGGAGAAUUCACCCAACAUGGACAGUGAAGAUGAGCUCGGCUUUCGUUCUGGAGACAUUAUUUAUGUGUUAGGUGACAUGGAUCAAGAUGGAUUUUACUAUGGUGAUCUGCACGGACGGCGAGGUUUGGUUCCAUCAAACUACCUGGAGCCGCUGCCCUGGAAUUAAAGAGAAGAUGUUCGCUACAAAUGCCAAGUCUCAAAAACAAAGUGAAAUCAGCAGGUUUUUUUUAUUUAUUUAAAAAAACGUUGAAUGGACAUUUUAUGUGUCAAAAAAUGUAUUUUCUAUUUUUUAUAUCAUAGUGUGGCUCUGUACCUGCUUUUAGACUGCAAGCCAUGGAGGCUUUAUGCAAGUGAGCAAUCAGUUAUACUAAUUGUACCAGUUUUAUGAGUAUAAGUUAGGAUAAUGCAAAAUGAGAAAAAGUUUUCAACAUACAAUUUCAAGAUGAUUUAUUUAUUUAGAUCUUUUCUUUUUUUCUGUUUUUUUUUUUUUUUACAAAAAAUUCAAAUCACUUGGUGGGAAAAAGCACAGAAAAAUACAAAUCAGAGGUAUUUUAUUCAUAUUAUAUUUGCCUGACUACAUUCACUUCUCUUCUACUAAAUGCACUUUUACAGAAAAACAAACAAACCCACAACUAAUGACAUGUCCU